AUGGCUGCUACAGGAAAAUCCGUGAAAAAAAUUAAAUCUUUCUGUGCUGUGACGUUUGGAGGUGUUGUAGCGUAUCAGUAUAUUUAUUAUAAGAAAGAUUUCAGUGGUUAUUAUGAAAAUGUGUUACAGCCCUUAAGCCAAUAUCUUAACCCGGAAGUGGCACACAAAAUUGGUGUAGCAGCUAUCAAAUACGGUUUCUUUCCUCCAGAAAAAUUAAAAGAUCCACAAGUCUUAAAAACUAAAUUACUUGAUUAUAAUUUAAAUAACCCAAUUGGAAUUGCUGCUGGAUUUGAUAAACACGGUGAUGCUGUCAUAGGCUUGCAAAAACUAGGCUUCUCUAUUGUGGAAGUGGGCUCAGUAACACCUGAAGCACAGCCUGGUAAUCCUAAACCAAGAGUGUUUCGGUUACCUGAAGACAAUGCAGUUAUUAACAGAUAUGGUUUUAAUAGUGAAGGACAUGAGAAAGUAUACAAAAAAAUCAAAAACAUAAAAGGGUCCCUUUUGGGAGAAGGCUUGUUGGGUAUUAAUUUAGGAAAAAACAAGUUAUCAGACCCUGUCAAGGAUUAUGUUUUAGGAAUCAAAAAAUUUUCAAAUGUAGCUGAUUAUUUUGUUAUUAAUAUAAGCAGUCCUAACACUCCAGGUUUGAGAUCUUUACAGAAGAAAGAAGAGUUAGAACAACUUCUAAUUGAAAUAAAUAAGACUAGAGAUUCUAUAUCAGUGGAAAAAAAACCUCCACUGCUUCUUAAACUUGCUCCAGAUCUCAGUUCAGAAGAAUUGAAAGAAAUAGUGUCAGUAGUUUCUAAACAAGAGUGUAGAGUUGAUGGACUCAUUAUCUCAAAUACAACAAUAGAUCGGUCUGAACUAAAUAAUAUCACUUAUAGAAAUGAAGAAGGUGGUUUGAGUGGAAAACCACUUACAAAUAGAACUACAGAAAUGAUAAAAACUACGUACAAAAUGACAAAAGGAAAAAUACCAAUCAUUGGUGUUGGAGGAGUAUUCUCUGGUCAAGAUGCUUAUGAAAAAAUUCUGGCUGGUGCUAGUGCAGUGCAAAUAUAUACAGCUUUAAUUUAUCAUGGUCCCCCUGUGGUAUCAAAAAUAAAAACGGAAUUAGCAGAACUAUUGACGAAAGAUGGAUAUAAUAAUGUUAAUGAAGCUGUUGGAAAAGGAAUUAGAUAA